AAUAAUGGCAACUCUUUCACCUUCCCAACUUCUCCAAGAGCUGCAGGCCUUGGCUUCCAACCCACCAGAGAUAGAAAUCACCUUGAGGACUAAACUUGCCGUUGCAGCAAGAAGUGCAUUCCUCUCGCUUGAAAAGCCAGAAGACGUUGUGGCACGAGUUUUGCUCUCACAGGUAAUCCUCUCACGCUCUCCGUGGUUCCUAGAUGAGAAUACCUUGUCUGUGCUAACCUAUUGACAGCAAGUGGAAGGUAUUACGGUCAGAAUUGCUAUUGACCUCAAGCUCUUUUCGAUCCUCAAAGAUGGAGAAAAAAGCUUUGAUCAGCUUGUAGAAGCAACCAAAGCCAGUCCGGUUCUUUUGGGUAGGUCUUGA